CGUGUCGGUGUGGGGUGAAUGAUGGGGCGAAUGUUAGUGGUUCCGAUCCAUUUUCAAAGUUUCACCGAAGAUAAACGGUUAAACAAAAGGUAUGUUUAUGUGUCAGCAAACAUCUUGGCUAAAAGAAAAGAUGUUUAAUGAUAAUAAUAAUAAAAAAAGAGUUUAAAUAGGCUAUAUAUUCCGGUUCCUCCGGUUUCUUGACGUGACCUGUCAAAAGUAUGGAGGAGGGAAAGUUACCGUUAAGAUGGCUCAGAAGCCCGGGGGUGAGUGGGAGGGUCUGCCUGUCUGUCGCUACACCACUUUACUCCCUGAAGUUGUAGCAGUGAGGAGCAAAUCAUUACACGUGUGGAGUACUGUCAGCACCCAGGUGACAGGACCGAUGAGAUGAUACUAAAACACAACAGGAGUCCUCUUCUGCUCGCCGUCACCUGCAUGUACUUCUCAGGAGGUCUGCUUUGGUCUUACCAAGAAGAGGAUGCCAGUGACGGUGAAGAGUGCUCUGAGAAUAACAUUUCUACAACAAAGUACCCCUGCGUGAAGUCGACUGGAGAAGUCACAACGUGUUACAGAAAGAAAUGUUGCAAGGGCUUCAAGUUUGUGUUGGGCCAGUGCAUUCCUGAAGACUAUGAUGUGUGUGCUGGCGCCCCCUGUGAGCAACAGUGUACUGACCAUUUUGGUCGAGUGGUGUGCACCUGUUACCCUGGCUACCGCUAUGACCGUGAGCGCCACAGAAACCGAGAGCCCUACUGUCUAGACAUCAACGAAUGUGCAGACAAAAACACGACUACGUGCUCUCAGAUCUGCGUCAAUUCUUUCGGGAGCUACAGGUGUGAGUGUGAGAAAGGCUAUUUCCUGGAAGAAGAUGGGAAAACAUGCACCAAGGGGGAGAGAGCAGUGCAUCUCUUUGAGAAGUCUGACAACGUGAUGAAUGCUGGAACUUGCUCAGCCACAUGUGACGAUUUCCACCAGAUCAGGAUGUCUGUCCUUCAGCUUAAACAGAAGAUUGCCAUGCUGUCAAACAGUGCUGACGUCCCUGAGCAGAUGACCAGUGAGAAAGUCCUGACGUCGCCUAUAUUUCUACCAGGGCCUCCAGGUCUCCCUGGUCCUCCAGGAGAUCCAGGACCAGAGGGCCCUCCAGGACUUGCAGGACAGUUGGGCACCCCUGGGCCUCCUGGUCAUAGGGGCUUGAUGGGACCCAUUGGACCCACACCAGACCUGUCCCACAUCAAGCGGGGCCCCAGAGGACCCGUGGGGCCUCCAGGAGCACCGGGGAAAGAUGGCCUAAAGGGGGAUCGAGGAGCUCCUGGGCCCGUCGGACCACCAGGCCCUCCAGGCUCCUUUGAUUUCCUACUUCUCCUGAUGGCAGACAUCCGUAACGACAUCGCUGACUUGCAGAGCAAGGUGUACGGUCGGCCGAUGCACUCUCCAGGAGAGGACUUUCCUUCGGUCCCCGACAGCUGGUGGGACAACCAGGACAAUCUGGAUACAGGCUCAGGUGAGGACUACAAGGAAUCUCCAGCUCGAACAGGCGGAGGGUCUAAGAGGAACCGGAGGAGGAAACCAGCGCGAGAGAGAACAGACUUUGACUGGAAUAUUUAAAGAGAGUGGGUUUAAAUACUUAAUGUCAGGUGUAAAUAUUGUAGUAGUUUGCUUUCUUUUAUUUAAACAGAAUGCACUGUAUGCCUGUGAAUCAGAUGUUUAUUUUUGUAUGAUAUACAAGAGUUUGUGUGAAUAUUUUUUAACAAAACGAGUAGACGGUGCAAAUGCAUGUUUUUUUAUUCUAUAUAUAUUUUUUAAAAAACAUAUGGUUCCUUCACAGCAUAUUAAACAAGUCUCUCAUGGAAGCAGUUUUUACCUCUUUACUUUAUGACAUUAUAUUUCACUCAUUGUAUUAGAAAUGGAGCCACACGCUAAAUAAUGAACCAACUGACUGAAUAGAAUUGGAAGAAGAUGGAAAAGAAUACUUGCAUUGCCGCAUUGCUAAGCACGUGUAGGUAAACAUACAAGGAAAUUGUUUUUUCAUUGUUUCAAUGUAAAAACAAGGACAAAAAAGCUGAACAAAGAUGGGUAAACAUUAUGUACAUACAAGUAGGUGAAAAAAUAGAUGUAUAGCUGUGUGGAUCAUAGUUGACUAAUAGUUCUCCACCAGAGGGAGACAUUCUCAAAGACACUUCUGGGUCAUUUUACAUUAUAAAGUUCUUUACUCAGCGAUACUGAGAAAUAAAGGGUUAAUGAAUCUGUAACAUCCUACAAUAUGAUUACUUAGUCUAAAGAAAGGCAACAUUUCCAGCUUUUGUGUGCAGUCUUACAAGGCUAAAGAUUCAGAACUUUUACAAAAGAGUUCAUCUUAAGGUCAGUCAGGAUAUUUACUUAGAUGAGCAAACUUUUACUGUACAUAAUCACUGUACACAACAUUAUAGUGUGUUAUAAACUAUAUAAUGUUUGUAAAUGCUAAAAACGGGAUGUAAAGUAGUAGUAGUAGUGUUACCAAUUCAAUUGUUCAUGACUAUUGACCUUUUGAAAGAUGCUUUAAAAAAGCAUGUAUAACUUUAAAAAUGUAAAAUCUUACAACACCAAUAGGCUUAAAAAUGUAACAUUACUCUAGUUUUUGCCAUUAUCCACAUUAGUCUGAUAUACUGAGGGCUAUGAAGUCAUUGCUGGAAAAGAUUGAGGUUUGAAGUUGAGAAGUUGCAGACAUGAUCUCUAGGAGCUUGACCGAAACAAGGUGAUGUCAUUUUUAUUUUCAUACAUAACAAGAAUGUGAAUUAACAUUCAAAACAGGCAGCUCAAGAAACCUUUAGUCUUGUUUAUCAGCACUGGUCUAACUUCUAAAGUUAAUUUAUUAUCAGUAUUGAUUCUUAUUGUUUUAAUUAGGUGUUUUAUAACUUCAUUGUUAACUAAAUAAGUAAUUUUACAUUAAGUACAUUUUGCUGGUAAAACUUUCACUCAAAGAAUGUGACUUGUAAUGGUGUAUCCUUUGCUACUUUUCCCAAGUAAAAUAUUUAAAUACUUCUUCAACCACUGAUAAGCUGUGAUAAAUAAAUGUGACCAAAAAACACUGAUGUAUGAAAUAUGUAAAAUGAUGUGUGAAAGAGUGUAGUAGAAUGUAGUUAAGUGACUUUACUCAAGUAUUGUACUUAAGUACAAUUUGAGAUACUUGAGUAUUUUCUUAUGAUGCCCAUAUAUAUAACAGCUAUAGUUAAAGUUUAACAUUUUAAAUUAAAACAACAAUCCAUUAAAUAUUAAACCACGCAGCAACUAAUGAGCUUCUAAUUAUUGAGGAAUCUAUUCUUGAUUAAAUUUAAGUAGUUAAAAUUGACUUCACCUGAGCAUCUACAAUAUUAAAAUGUUGCUUACAUGUUAAUGUAUCAAUAAUAAUCUUCUACAUAAUCGAGUGACCCUCUCAAAGGGGUCAUUCUGCAUGAAUAUUUUUACGUUUGAUACUUGAACUAUAUUUUACUGUUAAUUAUUUUUAUAGUGUGGUAUCGCUACUUUUAAUCUGUUAUAUGAUUUAAAUAUUUCUUCUACCACUGCCCACAGUACACUGUGCCCCACACAGUCAUGCAGUACUCCUUUAACUCCACUAGGUGGCAGUCAUUUCUCAGUCACAUUCAGUAUGUACUGUGUGAUUACACCCCUCUGAAUGAUGCACAGCACACAGUAUUCAGUGAAGUUAUUAAACGAUGUGGUGUAGUUCACAGAUACGCUCAUGAAGAUAAUCAAAACCCAAUUAUGAAUAAACCUUUGUGGAAAUGUCCACUCAGCGUG